AUGCCCUAUAAUACACAGAAAAACGAACCAAAAUAUGUAUCUAAAUUAGAGGCACCAAGUUUUUUUUCUCUACAAAGAACAAGAACAAUAAGAGGACAUAGUGAUAUUGUUAAAACACUUGGAUGGAACUGUUCUGGCUCAAGAUUAGCAUCAGGAUCAGCAGAUCAUACACUGCGUAUCUGGAAUCCUGAUAAAUUGGAAUUAAGAUACUCUACAGAACUCAAGGGGCAUGGAUCAAGUGUUGACUAUCUUUCAUGGGAUCCUACACAUAGUGAUCGUCUUGCAAGUGUGGGAAAAGAUAAAACAAUUCGUAUUUGGGAUUACAGAGAAGCCAAAUAUAUUAUGGAUAUCACAACAAAUGGUGAAAAUAUCACUGUAUCAUGGUCACCUGAUGGGCGUUAUGUAGCAGCAGGAAGCAAAGAUGAUGUAAUUACAUUUGUCGAUGUCAAAGAGAAAAAAGUUAUAAACACUGUCAAGCAGCCAACAGAGACAAACGAAAUUGCAUGGUCAAAUAGUGGAGACUUUUUUGCAUUGGCAACGGGGCAUGGUACAGUUAAUUUAGUUGAGUGGCCAUCCUUAAAACAUAAUUUGAUCCAAAAGGAAGGCAUAUACUUAGCAGUGGGUGGAUCAGAUGCACUUGUUACUCUAUGGGAUUUAGAUGAAUUCGUAUGUGUUCAAACAUUUUCAAAGCUUGAUUGGCCUGUAAGAACACUUAGUUUUAGCCACGAUGGACAAUAUAUUGCAUCAGCAUCUGAAGAAAAUGCAAUAGACAUUUCACAUGUUGAGACAGGUGAGCAUGUCUAUAAAAUUCCAGCCAAUGCUGCAAACAAGGUCUGUUGGCAUCCUUACAAAUAUUGGUUGGCUUAUGCGGGCGAUGAAACAAGUAAAAAAGGUGAUCUAUCAAUAUUUGGUAUUAACAGUUAA